UUCUGUUUCAUCAUGACAAACUCGAGCGAUGUGUUAGACCAUGAAUCAAGCGCUGAUAGAAUUGUCGUCGGGCUUCUCUGUGUCAUUGGAAUAUUUCUAAACACAGCAACAUUAAUAGUUAUGGUAAAAAAUUUUACAAGAAUAUUCGGCAGGGCGGAAUCUUGCUUCGUGACGAAUCUUUGUGUUGCUGAUUUAGCGACAUGUGUCAGUGGAUUGCUUUGGACGAUCUUUCCAAUUUCAAAGUAUCCUAGUUCCCUAGUUAUUGUAUUACAUUGCUUACAAUGGGCUACAGUAUCUGCAUCUUUUCUCACGCUAUCGUGUAUGGCUAUAGAAAGGUUGUUGGUUGUUGUGAAUCCUAUUAAAGCGCGGCGUAUGCUAAAGAGGCCGUUCGUGUCGGUUUGCUGCGCAGUUGUAUGGGUUAUCUCAAUUGUACCAGCGUCAAUGAUUGCGGUGAAUGCACAGAUAGCGCAAUGCAUCAUGGUAGUAAUGUUCGAAUCAUGUUUGAUCAUAACCAUAGGAUGUUAUAUUCGGGUUUACUUCAUCGUUAAAAAACUCAACCGUGAGGGUUUCCACACUACCGCGCGUUAUAAUGUAAAGGAUUCGAAGCUAAAAGUCGAAGAAAGUGAACCGGCGCUUCAUCACCGAGUAGCUGUACGCCAAGAAUCACGCAUUACAAAUUUGGUUUUUCUGCUGGUCGUUAUUUUGGCUGUCACGGUUCUACCUUAUAUGGUACUGUUACAAGUUGUGAUCGCUCAUAGCUUAUCUUGCCAUUUGAGUAAAUGCCCUUGGAGUUCGAGCAUGGAAAUUGCCCUUGAUAUUCUGUUCCCGAUCGAGAUGUUGAAUUUCGUCAUAAAUCCCGUCAUCUAUGCCUGGCGUUUGGCCAAAUUUCGACAAGCAUCGAAAAGGUCAUUCAAACAGUUUAUUUGUUGCAAAAAGCUGAGUGUGGAUUCCGACGGUAUGAGAAGAGAUGACUGUUCUUACUCUAAUUCAUCUGACUCAAUGGCCAAUAGCCCAGCGACUAUUUUUACAGGCGGAAACCCGAGAAGUGAGAUGCUCAAUAAUAACAGACACUCGUGAAUUCUCCUAUUUGUUACAGGAAGAGAAAAAAUGACCAA